AUGGCGGCGAUUGGAAGACAAAACCAACUUGAGUAUUUUUUGCAAGGAAGCGUUGGAAAAGACUCCGUCAAAGCUCUGCUGGAAAGACUUAAAGGAUUGUGUGAUGGCGCAUCAAGACAAUUUGCGACGUUUCUGGAUCAUGAAAUAGUCUACACACUUGGUAAUAAUAUAUUGCAUUUUAAGAGCUCUGUCAGUUGCAUAUUUUUAAGAGUUCAUAGAAGCAACUCAGAGUUGCUUCUAUAUAUGCUUUUGAUUUACAGAGGCUUUAGCUUCUACUUUUGCUUCUCAUAGACCAAAUACUAUAUUCAUCUGUUGAUUUUCUCUCAAGCGNUUACAGCCUCUAGGGCCUUCGCUACUUGGUGGUGUUUCCCACGAAAGGUCUUGGUGUUCCGUCAGAUCCUCGAUCGAUGGCGUCCUCUGUGAUCACUCAUCUCUUUCACGUUACUUGUAGUCACGCAAGGUGUCAUGGGAGUGUUACGCCCAGUCCUUCGCAGUUUUCCGAAGAUACGAUUUUUUGCAGCGACAAAACUCAAAAUAACAAAAAUAGUUACCGAAUUUACUUUCCUCUUUAAUAACCCAUUAAAAUCAUAAAAGAAAUCAUAUCUUUCAAAAAAGUACGAAAGAAACGAGAUCAUGCCUCCGCAUAAAGACACCACUUUGGUCUUCGGUAGUAGUCGGUUAAUCAUCGUACACCUUCCCGAAUAUCCGACAUUUCGAAAAAGAAAAUGGCGGCGAUUGGAAGACAAAACCAACUUGAGUAUUUUUUGCAAGGAAGCGUUGGAAAAGACUCCGUCAAAGCUCUGCUGGAAAGACUUAAAGGAUUGUGUGAUGGCGCAUCAAGACAAUUUGCGACGUUUCUGGAUCAUGAAAUAGUCUACACACUUGGUAAUAAUAUAUUGCAUUUUAAGAGCUCUGUCAGUUGCAUAUUUUUAAGAGUUCAUAGAAGCAACUCAGAGUUGCUUCUAUAUAUGCUUUUGAUUUACAGAGGCUUUAGCUUCUACUUUUGCUUCUCAUAGACCAAAUACUAUAUUCAUCUGUUGAUUUUCUCUCAAGCGUUCUUCCUUGAUCUUAGAGAUCCAGAGAUGCCAACCUCUGCAAAACUCAGUAACUUCCACAGUUCCAGAGUCAUGAACUCUCCCCACCCCCACCAAAUGACCCAUUCUAACCCUGGUACCCCCACAAGCAUUUCCAUCCUAAGUAGCCCCCGGUUUACAGUAGCUUCGCUCGAUGGUUAAAUCAUUUCAAGCCAGAUCAUUCCAUUUCAUUGUCAGGUCAUUCCUCAGUUCAGUGUAAAAUUGAAAGUGAAGCACUCGCUUUUGGCUUCUUAGCUUAAAGAAUGAGAUAUACACAUGAGUAAAGCCCUUAUUUCUGCUUUUGGCUUAAAGACUCAUGAAAAAUUCUGUCGUGGAACGAUCUGACUAUCAAGUGGAACGAUUUGGCUUAGAACUACAUGUAUCUGACCAUGGAACCGGGUUCCCCCCCCCCCUCCUUCCCCACUGGACCUGUACUUCUUUUCCAUGAAGAAUAAAAAAAAGCUUUUGGUUUUAUAGGUAAUCCCAGUAGCAAUAUUUCAUUAAGAGCUCGACAUUCUUUAGAUGAUUCAAAAGCUCCAUGGUAAGUAUUUUAUUGAUAAAAAUAUAGUGUAGAUAUCCAGUGCUGUCAACUCUUCUGGAAAAUCUGGGAGACUCCAGAUUCUGGACCGUAUCUCCCAGUCUCCAGAUUAGAGUCGAAAAUCUCCCUGCCGAAGUUUGCCAUUUCUUGUAGACUUGACUUUCCGACCCUAAAAUUUUAAUUUUUUGUGUUGUUUGAAGUAAUUUUACUGUUAACAUAGGACGUCCUCAUAAACUCUGGCAUGCCAUUGUAAUUUAAGCAUUAAUGUGGCUUAAUAUGAACUGUUUUAUGGGGUAUUUACAUCCAUCAGAGUCAACAAGUAUUUUUUGCUCAAAUGAUGUCAUGUGCAGUGCGAUAUGACGUCAUCUAUUCACCCUUCCCUAUCAUUUCUCAAUAUUUGAAGACGUGAGGGGUUGACGGCCCUGGGUAUCCCACAAUAAUAUUAUACUCUUGGAUUAUGUUAAUUUUAUUUUGUAGUGAUGCAUGCAUAGAAUGGAACUAGAACAUCUUGAACAGCAACUUGAACAGCAGCCCUUUAGUUAACCAUGUACUACCUUGAAUUCCUCCACAACCCUCCACAAAUGUACUGAGGUUGUUGGAAGAUGUAACACCUUCCUUCAUUUUUUUUUUUUGACAGGCAGCUGCGUUACGUUGGCCAAAGUGAAACAGAUAAAAGCCGCAGCACUUUGUUACGAAGUUGUGUUGAGGUGUCAACAAGUGACAAUCUAACAACAUUCCUCAAGGAACUUGGAUUUAGGUCAUUUUUCUUGUUCAUGUUAUUUGACUGUCUCAGUAAGAUACUUCUUACAAAUUUUCAAACAUGUUGCAUGAAAAAUGGGAUUUACCGGUGGUUGGUGUUUCAUUAUUUGCCUUGAAUGUUCAUUUCUGUUCCAUAUUCCCACAGGCAUGAAAGUGAGUUUGUCCUGAAAGGUUAUUAUUUUGUCAAAGGUCACAUGCGGAUCACUGUCAGCCAAGUUUGCAGGGUAAGGUCCCAUUUAUGCACCAAGUGAAUUAAUACAGCAGGGACCAGUUGUUCAAAGCUGGGUUAAGAUAAGCCAGGGUUAGUGUGUGAUUUGAAUUAAGAUUUGAAAGCUUAAAAAGCAUUUCAGUUUUAAUUUUUUUUGUUUAGAAGUUGAUGAUUGGAAGCUCUCAAAAUAUCAGAUAAAAUUAUCUGAGAAAAAGCUUUUGAACACAAGAAAAAGAAACCUGGGUUAAAUUUAACUCCGGGUUAAGCGCUAAAUUGGCCUUCGAACAACUGGGCCCAGACCUUUUCUUUAACAGUGACUAUACAUGGUCUUGUAUCAGUUUUCUUAUCCCUGAGUUUUCUGACCCCCCUUUAAUUUUUUCGAGGCAUAUUUGUUCAAUGCAUUUACUUAAAUGCUACUGGCAAAUUUUGUACAUUGCUCUCAUCACUAGAUGAUGUCAAAAUACCUUAUGGACCUGAUGCUAAAAUGGCUGUUGGGUUGAUAUUCUUUUGUAUAUUUUAAAAUUAGCCUCACUAACCUUGCUUGAGAUAAGGUAUCCUUUUGAAUUUUGUACUUAAGACAAGGCUAGUAAAGCUGAUUUGAAUAUGAACAAAAGAAUAUUAAACUAGUGGCCAUUUUGACAUUGAGUAUACAGCCAACCAUUAAUAGUUUAAGCAAAUAUGUACAGGACUCUAGCUAGCUUCAUAAUAGAGAUUUGGAAUAUUAAUCUUGCAACAGGUUUGGUUGUAAUUAAGUUAAACCAAUAUCAUUUUACUCUUUUAAUGGCAGUAACACUAUUGUCAACAUAAAUUUCAGAUUGGAGGUGUAAAUGAACCACAGUCAGCCCAACCUAUUUCUGAUUCCUAUCUUGUGGAGAUUAGCCUCAUGACCACUGUUCAACAGGUGACUGUUGCAAACCAUAACACACGUUGGAAUUUUUGAUGUGUUAAAUUGAUAAAUUUAAUAAUUUUCUGAAAACAUCCUUUGCCCUUAUUGGGUUUUUGAGGGAUAAUGAAACAAAUAAUUUAAAUGGAAUAUAACACGGCUAAGAAUCCCAACUGGUAGGAGGUGAACCAGUUGGCUAUUUUACAAGAGCAGCCAAGGUUUUGUACUUGGGACUACUACUGAGAACAAAUCCAGCUAGCAGUCAGCAGGUUAGAAAUUGAACUCGGGGCCUCCAGGUUAUAAAUCAUCCAGCACUCUAACCGCUCAGCCACUCUGCCUUCUUAAUGCUGCCAUGUGCAUAAUCUACAUACUGUCCAGCCAUCCCAAUCUCGUCAAGAUUCUCCUGAUUUUGCUUGAAAAUCCAGAAAACUGGCCAAUAUGUGAUCUGUAUAGGAAAAAUCCUGAUUUAGACAUCUGUUCUGAUCUUUUCAAAAGAACCCUUAUGAUAUUAAUACAAGAAUAGAAGAACACAAGAGUAUGCUUAACUGAAACUGAUAUCCAGAAAACUUACCAGUACACAAAACCGCACAAAAUAUAAAAUACAAUCGAAUACUGUACUGUUAGUUAUUAAUUACUAUUGGAAAUAAGCAUUAAAAUGACAAUUGAUUUAGUGAACAUUUUACACUAGAAAUGAACACUAGAAAUGGUGUUUCAGGGCAUCAAGUUUUUAAAAUUUUCUGAGAGGGCGUGCCCUCAAACACCCCCCCGCCUUCCUCCUCCCAGCAGCUCGCUCAUUCAACCCUUGAUAAUUUGUUGGUUAUUAAAGAAUAUCCCGAUUUUACAUACCCACAAGGUUGGACAGUCUUAAUCUAUUAUUACUUUGGUGGUAGGCUUGUUAUUGGCCCGGAAAACCAAUUAUUUUUUCUUCAUCACUCAUCCUCAAUGGCCAAAUUAUUGCUCACUGUAAGGCGAAUUUUUAAUGCUGGUUUAAUGAACAAAAGCCAUGAAAAAUGAUAUUAGUGUAUUAUGUUGUUUCCGCAGGACACAUUAGCAGAAGAAAUCAAAGGAUUUUCAGAACACUUGAAACCGUAUCCUUGUCCUAAAUUAACCCAAGGUAUGGCUGAUCAUGAGACGUAUCACCUCAUACCAGUGAACAGCAUACAUCUUUUGUUAUUGUUUUCUGCUUCACAAUAGAUUGUUAAACUUUUUUACGGCUAACCUAUAUGACCUUGCUUAAUUUUCUAGCGGUAUAUUUACAGUAUUUAGUUCCAAACCUUAAACUCCUGUUGCCUGAGUGUGAACUACCAAUUAUCAUUUCAGUAAUUUUCAUCUUGUUUCCAGGGGCAAUUAUACAACAUGCUGAAGCGUUCCUGCAUUCCUGCGUUCCUGCAGUUGGAUAAGUCCAUUUUGCCACAUGUCUGUUUGGUUAAAAAUCACAGAGAAAAACCAAACUGUUUUGAGAGCAAUCAAUAUAUUGAUUAGCUAACUCACACGGAAAAGCUUGUUAUACAGGCUAUUAGUGAUCAACUCAUCUGCGCUUAUUGGCUGUAUUUUUGUUUUUAGCCCAUAGUGCCACAGUCAUAAUUGAUCUGCUACAAUCCAUUCUACAUUUGCAACUUUUUUCCUUGACAAAAUUUUGUUCUUAGGCUCGUUCACUUGGAGAAGAUUGACCACCGAAAAAUACAAAUGACUUGACUCCACUAGGGUAGGUGUAUGUGGUUACAGACAGUAUUCAGUACAUUGCAUCCAUUCAAACGUAAUGGUGCCGACACCCAUUAACACCAGCUGAACAAGAUACUGAAGUGUUUGCGUGGAGAUGAUAUGUCCAUCACUUCAUCUUCCAAGUACUGUGGAGUAGCUUAACGCAGAAGAUGAGAAGACAAGAUGCAAGGGAAAACAGAGAUCCAACACAAGAUUUAAGAAAAGGUGUUACAGGUUCCAAGAUUCAGGGGCACCCAACGAGAAUAUAGUUCAAAACCACUUAAACAUAGCAUUGUUAAACGUAUUUUAGUAUUUAAACGGUAGAUAUAGGCAUAUUUUUAUCCCCCAAAAAUUUUUCAUCUGUUCGGAUUUCCUAGCUGAAAGUCUAGUGAUCCGAAAAUUAUAGGGAUCAAAACUUACCUUUCCGAAAAUUCCAGCCAGAAAAAAGGCUCCCGAAAAUUCUAGGUAACCUUUUUACGGUAAAAAUCCGUUAAAAUAGGCAAUUAUACCAUUUUUUAGAUGUUCGAAAAUCCUAGGAGAGGCAGGCAAGCAAGAAAUUUUACAAGAAAUGUUCCGAAAAUCCUAGAUCUCAAAUCGUCUUCCGAACAGACAUUUUCCGAAAAUUGUCGUUGGCUGCCCUUGAAGAUUGUAAUGUGCAGAGAAACUCGCGGAGGGGCCAAGGGGACUCUAAGGAGAGAGAAAACUCCCACCUCCCCUCCCUAGUUCACGCGCUUCGGUAUCUGGUCACCUCGCCA